AUGGCCUCCGAACUCCCUACCGACAGACGGCCCCUCGUCAUCUCCGGCCCCUCGGGCGUCGGCAAGGGCACCCUCUUCAAGCUCCUCUUCCAGCGUCACCCCGACACCUUCACCCUGUCCGUCUCGCACACGACCCGCGGACCCCGCGCCGGCGAGCAGGACGGCGUCGACUACCACUACGUCACGAAGGACGCCUUCCGUGACCUGAUCGCACACGAUGGCUUCGUCGAGCACGCCCAGUUCGGCGACAACCUCUACGGCACCUCGAAGAAGACCAUUGCCGACCAGACGGCCAAGGGCAAGGUCGUCGUGCUCGAUAUUGAGAUGGAGGGCGUCAAGCAGGUCCAGAAGAGCGACAUGGACGCCCGCUACGUCUUCGUCGCGCCCCCCUCGGCCGACGAGCUCGAGCGCCGCCUGCGCGGCCGCGGCACCGAGUCCGAGGCGAGCAUCCAGAAGCGCCUGACCCAGGCCAAGGUCGAGCUGGCCUACGCCGAGACGGGCGUCCACGACAAGGUCAUCAUCAACGAGGACCUCGAGACGGCCUACAAGGAGCUCGAGGAUUUUGUGUACAAGGCAUGA